AGCGGAUAGUCUCAUGUUACCGACGGGGUCUUUUUCAAACAGUUAUUUUACAUCCUAAAUAUUUCGAUAAUUCUCGAUCAUAAACUUCUCCAGCGAAACCAUUGUUCGAAACGAUAAGAAACUGUUCAAGAUGGAAUAUAAUGGUGGCAACCUGGCAGCAGAUCACCUCUGCGUGCUUGUUCAUGGUCUUUGGGGCAAUCCAAAUCAUAUGAAGUCCGUUGCGAAAGCGUUGAGAGAAACGUAUUCGGAAGACAAACUCCACCUCUUGGUCGCCAAACGAAAUAGCGAUAGUUUCACUUACGAUGGUAUUGAGCGUGGUGGGGAGCGGGUAUGCCUCGAGAUUGAAGAGGAACUCGAAAGUAUCCGAAACAAGGGCGGGAAGAUAACAAAGCUGAGCAUUGUUGGAUAUUCUUUAGGGGGAUUGGUGGCCCGUUAUGCGAUUGGGUUACUGGAAAUGAGAGGCAUUCUCCGUGAAGUCGAACCAGUAAAUUUCACAACCUUUGCUUCGCCGCACCUGGGCGUCCGAACACCCCUGCGAGGAUGGCAUAAUCACAUCUGGAAUGUUUUGGGCGCGCGAACUCUAUCUAUGUCCGGAAGACAGUUGUUCACAAUCGACCAAUACCGUGACACCGGUCGACCGUUACUAGCUGUGCUUGCCGACCCCGAAUCGAUUUUUAUAUCUGGUUUGAAGAGGUUUAAACGUCGGACGUUAUACGCGAACGUGGUCAAUGAUAGAAGUGCUGUCUAUUAUACGACAGGCAUAGCUAAGACGGAUCCCUAUAUGAAUACCAGCCGGAUCAAGGCCAACUACCUCAAGGGGUACGAAGAUGUAAUCCUAGACCCGCUGAAUCCGGUGUCACCUCUAGUCUCAAAAGCCGGCAAAGGCAUAGCCGGUUUCACGGCCGGAAGCUUGGGUUUUCUACGGAAUACCCCGUUGAUGCUUGCGCUAGUCAUCUUCAUCCCAUUCGGUAUUACUGCCUUUUUGCUCAACUCUGUCGUACAGACGUUCCGCAGCUCGAGGCGCAUCCGACUAUACGAAUCAGGUCUUACAGAUAUCCCGGUAGAGAAUUACCGUUCACCUAUCUGGAUCAAGGACAUACGAGGCACAGUCGAAGACGUUUACGAGAACCUUAACAGUUUGCAAGAGGAAUCGUAUCUUCAUGCGUCAGACGAUGAGGGUGAUGGUGACGAUCUGAAUAAGGCUGAAGCCGAGAUUCUAGCCCUGGAACGAAAGAAAUCUCACCCUCAAUUCCCAACUCUAGCUUUGACUCCGUCUCAAUUCGCCAUGGUCGACGAAUUGGACAAAGUCGGAUUUCGUAAAUAUCCCGUCUGGAUUCACAAGGUCAGGCAUAGCCACGCCGCCAUCAUUGUUCGUUCCGAUACACCAAGAUUCUCGGAAGGUCUCGUCGUGCUUCGUCAUUGGAUGAAGGAAGAAUUCCUCAUCUAAGGUGGCUAAGUAUCGAGUACCUCUAUUUCAUUUGAUUAGGCCAUAGAAAGGAGUUCAGCGGGAAAGGAGUUGUAUUGGUAGCAAGCGUUUUGGAGAAGGCCUAUUUUUAUUGAUACCCUUGGCGUGGGAAAGAUAGAUAUUCGUUGCUGGUUUAAUAGACAUUUCCUAACUUAACAUUACAAACAUUUUAUUUGAAUAUCGUUUUCUUGAGUUACUCACUUUAAUAUAGAUAUUUGUUA